AUGGAGAAUAUACUCAACUUUGGAUCAAACAACUUUGAAGUCAAGUUGUUGGAUCAACUCAUAGACAAUCAGAAUGAAGCCAAAGUAGGAGCUGUAUUACAACAGUUUAUUAAUCAUCCUCAAGCUUGGACACGUAUUAAUACAAUACUUGCUGGAUCGACUAAUGAGAAGUCAUUGUUCUUUGCACUUACAAUAUUGGAACAAGUGAUUAGACGUCAAUGGACAAGUCUGGCACCACAAGAGCGCCAUCCAAUCUUGAACCAAUUGUUGACCAUUGUAAACAUUGCACCGUCUGCCAAUCCAGCCACCCCCAGUGCUCUGGUACGCAAGAAGACCAACUCAUUGGUGGCACAGUGCAUCGUGAAGGAGCAUCCAAACUGGCAACAGUUCAUUGGUGUGAUUGUGGCGGCUGGCUCGAGACCCGAGUGUUUGGAGUCACUAUUGCAAAUCAUUCGCGAACUGGCACUGCACUACAAGCGCAACAUUACAUCCAUGUUCACACUAGAUGCCGAGGCACUACGCUUGCAGCGAUCAAUCUUUGGCGACCUCUUUGGACGUUGUCGCCAGGUGGCCGCCAAUGCAGGUGCGCCACAGCCAUUGGUCAGCGAGGCACUUACUGCCAUGUCGGAGCAGUUCGAGUUGGUUGACUCCAACGCACUUUAUGAGUCGUUCAAUCUGGUGGUCGAGCGCAUCAGUGCCACGCCUGCACAUCGCGGCACAUGCACACUCAUCCUUAUUGAGUUUAUCAAUGCAUUGGCACCAGAUACACAAUCUGAAGCGAUCAGCACCUUCUUCAAGGCUAUCGUUGGUACACUCAAUCAAUUCAUACCGGCGAGCUUCAAGCAGGUCAAUGGAUUCUAUGUCAACAAUGGAAUUCUUUGCACCAACAUUGUCACAUUGCUCACAUCGACCAUUCGCAAGUUCUUCGGCACACUCCACACAUCCUGUCCAGAUGCCGUACUUGUUGCCGACCGUCACAUCAUCCUCAUGAGUUGGAUCAAUGAUCAAAGCAUCUCACAAUCAUGUUUAGACUAUUGGACAUUCAAGUUUGACAGUUUGAAUGAAGCACGCCAGCAGAAACAACAGACGGUAUUUGAUGCAACACCUUUGGUCGAACCAAUCAGCAGGUCGUUGUACAAGAUGUUGAAGAAUCAAGAUCGCGAGCUGAUUGAGACAAGAGAGAAUGGGGCAGAGAGAGGAAUACUAUAUCGUCUUACAAGGGAUUCAACAGAUGACGACUGGAUCACAAUGUCCCAAAUAAUCCAGCCAUGUUUGAAGUCACUCCUUCUCAACUACUCCGCAUUGGCCUACAACUCCUUCAUCCAGAAGUUGACCAAGAUUACAUCAAAACAAGAGUACUUUGCACCAAGUAAGUUUAGCUCAGCAAUAUGGUGCGUUGGAGUGUGUCUGGAUUAUGGUAGAUCAAAUGGCGAUGUGGACGGAUUGGUUAGUAGCGUGUAUAAUUUCAAAGACCCAUUUGGUGGACAGUACGCCAGCUUGGUGGCAAUGGCCGUACUCUAUACUAUACAGAAUGCCAAGAGAUAUCUUGCGACACCAGAUGUUAAAGUGACACCUAUCAUUCAGCUACUACUCGAAUGGAUCAAAUCUGGUGAUGAGAAAUCAGCCAUCGUUGAAAUAAGCAUCUACACACUAUUGACAGUGAUCAAUGUUCGAUCAGGUCAACUAGUCAUGGACUUUCCAGACCUACACAUCACACUUAAUCAGAUGCUUGGUCUGUCCAAUCUAAACAAGUCACACAGAAUGAUUAUAUAUGAAUGCAUUGGCACCUACUUCCAUUCAUUUGGAGUUGUAAAUAGAGAAUUACCAGCGUCCUACUUGGCGCUCAUCACAGAACCUUUGGGCCAAAUCUUGUUCUCCAAGAGAUUGGAAACACAUGGCUUGAAUGAAUGGUCAAACAAUGUCAAUAGCAUACUUCAAUAUAAUACAUCAUUGUCAAAGUCUGCCAAGUUGCCGAUCUAUUCAUCACAGCUCAUUUCAAUCUCUGGCCAUUUGCUUGAACUUUAUCGAUGGAGUAAUCAAGCCUCCAACGAUGCAUCAUAUCUUGGUCAACAAAUAAGUUUGAAGAAGAAUAUUAUAGAGAUACUAGAGAGUUGCCUCAAUCAAAAUGCCGAGGUUGGACGACUGCCACAGCAAAAGAUCGAUGCCAUUGUCAAUGGAGUAGUUGUCCCUUUGCUUGGACUACUCACCAACGAUCCACAUACCUCAUCACCAGCAUUCAUCAGUCAAAUCCUGCCCAAGAUACUCCAAUUCCUCAGUGUACUGCUGUCCAAUGACAACCUGGUCCGCGCACUCAGCUCGACGAUGAGCCCAUCAGUGAUCAAAUACUUUGUGUCACUUAUCUACAAGUCAUCGGCACAGCAGCAACAGGCCAUUUGUAGCAAGUUGUGGACAUUGAUGGAGGUCAUUGUGUCUGGACCGGCGGCGGCACUGAUGGACGAGGAGCUCUUUGGAGGCUAUCUGACAUUGGCUGAGAGCUGUCUACGUAGUACAAGCUCAGACAUUCACAGUGGAGCACUACAAUCAGUGUCAUCAUUCUUUGUAGCUUUCAACAAGAGUGUUCAUCGUCUUCAGAUAUUCGUAUCAAUGAAGAAUCAGUUCAUCAAGUUAUUAAUGAUCUUGGCAUUGAAUCCAGAGUACAACACAUCCCAAGACAAACUUAGUCAAACAUUAUAUGAACUCAUGGAUAUGUCCAAGAAUGAUGGAAUCGAUGUGAAGGAUGGUGUAGGAAUGUUGAUCAGAGGUGAUGCACAACAACUACGUGAUUUCUUUGAAGUUAUCAGAAGACAUCAUUAUGAUAGCUUUGAUGUAUUCGACCAGACAUUGAAGAGAUUCCUUGCCACCACAUCAAUGACUACCACUGGAUAG